AGACUCAAUUAUUCCUCUUCAGCUCUUCUCCCUCGUAAUCAUGUCUCAAUUACCAGCCCCAAGUGCACAGUUUGCCGUUCCUGUUCCGGUCAUAGGCCCUCAGUUUUGUGCUCCUUAUGAGGUAACUCUUGCAAUUGUGAGAAGGGUUUUGAAAGUUAUGGACGGCAACUUUGUUGUCACAGACGUCAACGGUGCCGUUAUUUUCAGAGUCUCUCAAAGAAUUAUAUCCCUUCGUAGCCGUCGAGUACUACUUGAUGGUGCCGGAAAUCCCGUUGUCACUCUUCGAGGUAAGAUUACGACUGUCCAUGAUAGAUGGAGAGUUUACAGGGGUGAGAGCGUGGAGGAAAGUGAUCUAAUUUUUAGCGUUAAGCGAACUUCAAUGGUCCAACUAAGGGUCAAGUUAAAUGUGUUCUUGGCAAAUAACACAAACGAAGAAGUUGGUGACUUCAGGGUUGAAGCAAAUUUCUCUGAGAGUUCUUGUGUCGUUUAUACUGGACAAUCUUCCUCAGAAGUUGCCAAGAUGGAACAGAACAAAACUGUCAGAAGUGUUUUGUUCGGAAAAGACCACUUCAACGUGAAGAUUAAUCGUAACAUUGAUCAUGCAUUCAUAGUCGCUCUUGUCGUGAUUCUUGACGCGAUACCAUCACAACUUGCAAUUGCUAGAAGUAUAUUUGAAAUUGCAGUUGGCAGUUGAUCAACUCAUGAACAAAUUGACCGAGUCGUAUCGUACGUGCAUCACCAAUAGUGUUUCAGCUAGUAAUGUUGUAGACUAUUUUAUUUAUCAUUUUAAAGUUGAUAUAACUUUUAAGAUUGAAAAAUGAUAUAC